CCAAACGAGAAAAAAAAAUAGACGCAGAGGAGAAAGCCGCGAAGCGAGAAGAGAGAGAGAAGGGAGGAGAGCUCGCUCGCUCGCUCGCUCGUGCUCGUCAAUGGCGGGUAGGGUUUCGCCGCUGCCCUCCUCCUCCUCCCGCUGCUAGACCUCGCCCUCGCCCUCGCCCUCGCCCUCGCCGCCGCCGCCCCCCGAUCCCCGAGUCCGCCCCGAUUUCCAUCCUUCCCCGGCGGUGAGGCAGGCCUAGGGCGGGCGACGAUGGGGGAGGAGGAGCAGGGGCCCCGGAGGAAGCAGGCGGGGCCGGACGACGCGGUGCAGAUCAGCAUGCAGCGAGUCAAAGUGUACCGAUUGACUGAUGAUGGGAAGUGGGAUGAUCAGGGAACAGGGCAUGUUACCAUCGACUACAUUGAGGGAUCAAGAGAAAUUGCUCUGACUGUUGUGGAUGAAGAGGAUAGUGACACGCUACUGCUUCAUCACAUUACAUCUGAUGAUAUAUACAGGAAACAAGAAGAAACAAUCAUCUCAUGGAGGGAUCCUGAAAAGGCACUAGAGUUAGCAUUGAGUUUUCAAGAAGCUGCUGGAUGUUCAUACAUAUGGGAGAGUGUGUGUACCAUACAACGAAAUUUACAAUUUAAUGUCCUUGAUGUUCAAGAAGCCGCUCCACCCGCAGCAUUUGAAUCUUUAGAAGCCUCUAGAAAUCCACCUUUUCAUGAUGAGUCCUUAAGUUCUACCAGCAGAGAAUUAAAGAAACUUCCCCCUCUUGAUUUGUCCAGUCUAUCUUCCAUCUUAAAGACUAUAUUGGAGUGCAGCAUGACAGAGCGGAUGCGUGUUUCUGUUGCAGAGUUAAUAUUACAAUAUCAUGAUUUCUUCCCCCAGCUAGUGAAUCUUUUUAGAACGUGUGAGAGUUCAGGAAACAUGGAUGCACUCCACAUGAUCUUUAGAUUAGUAAAGGGAAUCAUAUUGUUGAACAGUUCUGCGAUAUAUGACAAGAUUUUCUCUGAUGAUUUUAUUCUUGAGAUAAUAGGCGCACUUGAAUAUGAUCCAGAGGCUCGCACUGUGCAAAAUCAUCGCACUUUCCUGAAGGAGCAUGUAGUUUUCAAGGAGGCUAUACCCAUUAAAAAUGCUUCUGUGGUUUCAAAGAUUCAUCAAACAUACAGAAUAGGCUAUAUAAAGGAUGUUAUAUUACCAAGAGUACUUGAUGAUUCUACCAUGGCAAGCAUUGCUGCAAUCAUUCAUGCGAACAAUGCUGCUGUUGUUUGUUUACUCAAGGACGAUGCUUCUUUUGUAAAAGAACUGUUUGCUAAGAUGAGAUCUUCGAAUAUUUCUGCUGAAUCAAAACGCGAACUGGUCCUGUUUUUGCUUGAGUUUUGUACUCUCACUAAAAGUUUGCAGGCUGUUCAGCAAUUACGUCUAUCUAGGGAUCUUGCUAGUGAAGGUGUGUUUGACAUCAUGUCUGAUGUGUUGCAGAGUCAGGAUAAAGUGCUCGUCUCAGCUGGGACAGACAUCCUUGUAUAUUUUCUUAAUCAAGAUCCUAACUUACUGAGAUCAUAUAUUGCUCGUCAAGAAAAUUCUCAAGAAGGAAAUUCACUUCUUGGUCUUCUGGUUCAAGGCAUGGUAACUGACUUUGGUGAGGGAAUGCACUGUCAAUUUCUGGAAAUUUUGAAGAUUCUGAUGGAUGGAUUUGCUACAAAUAUGCCUACAAACUAUAGAGGAGUUAUUGAUGUUUUUCAUGAAAAGCAUCUUGAUAAGUUGAUUGAUGUAAUAGCAUUGGCUUCCUCCCCUAUGGACAUUACCCAAUCAACAUCUAGUCCAGUUGGUGUGGGUACAAGAGUUGAAAACCAUUCUGUGAAGACUGAAAUACUGUCUAACAUCUGCGAGCUUUUAUGCUUUUGUGUAGUUCAUCACCCCUACAAGAUCAAGGUCAACUUUUUAAGAAGCAAUUCCGUGGAGAAAAUCCUUACUUUAACCCAUAGGAGAGAGAAGGUUUUGGUCGUGGCAGCCGUCCGAUUCAUGAGGACUGUUAUUGCUAGAAAUGAUGAGCUUCUUCUUAGCCAUGUUAUCAAGUUCAACUCAUUGAAACCAAUUAUCGAGGUAUUUGUUGAAAAUGGGGAUAGGUACAACAUGCUACAUUCUGUUGUCCUUGAACUGUUGGAAUACAUACGAAAGGAAAAUCUCAAUUCACUUGUGAUACAUGUUACCAAAUCCUUUUGGGACCAACUUGUGAGGUUCGAAAAACUAGGGAGCAUUCAGGCCUUUAAACUCAAGUAUCAACAGUUAAUGGAGAGUGGUGAAACAACACAAAGUAUUAGUCUAGUUGACAUGAGAAAGAAGCCAGAAGAAAGAGGUCUCGACAAAGAAGAGGAGGACUAUUUCAACAAGGGCAGUGAUGAGGAAGAUUCUGAUAAACAGACAUCAUAUGCACAGAAGGAAUCUUUGGAUAAGUUACCCAAGGGAAGUGACAUCCGUCAUAUCCCUGCAAGGUCUAAAUCUGGUGGGCUUGUGGAUUAUGACGACGAUGAUGAGGGUUACAACCCACCUCCCAAAAGGGCUGUUAAAGCUGAUGAGGAUGAUGAGGCCUUAGUCAUAAAGCGUAAUCCAGUGGAUGACAAACAAGCUGAUGGGAGGUCUCCCAAAAAACCAAAGAUGGAACCCAGAUUUAUCUGCUCAAAGAUUGUCGCUGCGGCUAGUGUGGCAGGCAGACGCUCGAAUUUGGCAGAUAAACAGGGUCCCCAUCCACCUUCCUCAAGCACGAAAACUUCUGAAGGCAAUGGUGAUGUAGGGGAGGAAGGCCCAGGUUCUCAGAAUCUACAACAUGACCCAGGAAGCUUGGAUUCCACUCAUCAAAAUGGAGAUGACUGUACCAAAGAUGCAGGGAACUCGCCUUCCGAGAUGACUGUAAAUACAUCAAAAGCAACUGAUUCAGAGCCUUAUUCAGUGAGAUGACAAUAAAUAUUUUUUUUCCUCUAUUGGCUUCAAGUCGAUUGCUUUUCCUUGCGACGAAAAGGAAUUGCUUCACAUUUGGCUCCGAAGAAGGUCGUUGAAUCCAUAGCAUUCUGACCCUCGAGCCAGCAAGCAUGGUCGGAGGUGAGAUAGUUUUGGUCAAAGUUGUAUAUCUCAACCGCGAUUUCGGCUCAGCUGAACAUGUAAAUUGACACUCAAAGAGAAGAAUACCAAGCUGAGAACCAACAUGCCAUUUGGUGCUGCACUAUAGACAAAAAGGAGAGGGUCUUGCUGUUUUAGCUUCCGCCUAAAGAUCAAUGUGAGCUCUCUCACGGGCACAGAAUGUGCCCUUCGAUUGGACUAUUUACAUCUCUUAUUUUUAAUCAGCCUAUGGGAUGAUCCACUAAGCUGUCACUCAUGUAACAGAACCAUUUUACAACAGCUUGAAGUAUCUUGCUCAAAACCCCCCAUUUACACGGUAACAAAUUCUUGGUAUCCUGUAUAUACUAACGUGGACCAUUGUCGGGCUGUUUGGAAUGCCUAAAUUUCACAUGAUUUUGAUGGAAACAGCUUGGAACAUAUGAAAUUCAAACGAUUUUGAUGGCAAA